AUGCUUUCAUCCACUGACUUUGCAUCUGCUUCUUGGGAGCUUGUGGUCCGAGUUGAUCAUCCAAAUGAAGAGGAGCAGAAGGACAUCACACUGAGAGUGUCUGGAGACCUGCACAUUGGGGGAGUGAUGCUCAAGUUAGUGGAACAGAUAAACAUAGCCCAGGACUGGUCAGACUUUGCCCUUUGGUGGGAACAGAAACAUUGCUGGCUUCUGAAAACACACUGGACUCUGGACAAAUGUGGGGUCCAGGCAGAUGCAAAGCUUGUCUUUACCCCUCAGCAUAAAAUGCUUCGCCUCCGCCUGCCAAACAUGAAGACAGUGCGACUGCGAGUCAGCUUCUCAACUGUGGUCUUCAGAGCUGUCAGCGACAUCUGCAGAGCCCUGAAUAUUAGAAGAGCAGAAGAACUGUCCUUAUUAAAGCCUUCAGGUGAAUAUUUUAAAAAGAAGAAGAAAAAAGAAAAAAAUAAUAAGGAGCCCAUAAUUGAAGAUAUUUUAAACCUGGAGGGUUCUCCAACAAUUUCAGGUCCAUCUGUAAGUCCUGGCUUAUACAGUAAAACCAUGACCCCCACAUAUGACCCCAUAAAUGGAACGCCAGCAUCGUCCACAAUGACUUGGUUCAGCGACAGCCCUCUGACAGAACAAAACUGCAGCAUCCUGGCAUUCAGCCAGCCCCCACAAUCACCAGAAGCACUUGCUGAUAUGUACCAGGCUCGGUCUCUGGCUGACAAAGCCAAGCUUAAUGCAGGUUGGCUAGAUUCCUCACGUUCCCUUAUGGAGCAAGGCAUUCAGGAGGAUGAGCAGCUGCUGUUACGAUUUAAAUACUACACUUUCUUUGACUUGAACCCCAAAUAUGAUGCUGUCCGAAUAAACCAACUCUAUGAACAAGCCAGGUGGGCCAUUCUCUUAGAAGAAAUUGACUGCACAGAGGAAGAAAUGUUGAUCUUUGCAGCACUACAGUAUCACAUUAGCAAACUGUCGUUGUCCACUGAAAUACAGGAUUUUACAAAUGAGUCUGAGGUUGACGAAGUAGAAGCAGCACUUUCUAAUUUGGAAGUGACCCUGGAAGGCGGAAAAGCAGACAACACUUUGGAGGACAUUACUGAUAUCCCUAAACUUGCAGAUAAUCUCAGAUUAUUUAGGCCCAAAAAGCUAAUAUUAAAAGCUUUCAAACAAUAUUGGUUCGUCUUUAAAGACACAUCUAUAGCCUACUUUAAGAAUAAGGAGCUUGAACAAGGAGAACCAGUUGAAAAAUUAAACCUUAGAGGUUGUGAAGUUGUGCCAGAUGUAAAUGUAGCAGGGAGAAAAUUUGGAAUCAAAUUACUAAUCCCCGUUGCUGAUGGUAUGAAUGAAGUGUAUCUGAGAUGUGACCAUGAGAGUCAGUAUGCCCAAUGGAUGGCUGCCUGCAUCUUGGCAUCAAAGGGCAAAACCAUGGCAGACAGCUCCUACCAGCCAGAGGUCCUCAACAUCCUUUCUUUUCUGAAGAUGAAAAACCGGAACUCAGCAUCUCAGGUGGCUUCUGGUCUUGAAAACAUGGACUUGAACCCGGAAUGUUUUGUGUCACCUCGGUGUGCAAAAAAGCACAAGUCUAAACAGCUGGCAGCCUGCAUUCUGGAAGCCCACCAGAACGUAGCCCAGAUGCCCCUGGUCGAAGCCAAGCUGCGGUUCAUCCAGGCAUGGCAGUCUCUACCUGAAUUCGGCCUCACCUACUACCUUGUCAGAUUUAAAGGAAGCAAAAAAGAUGACAUUCUGGGAAUUUCAUAUAAUAGGUUGAUUAGAAUUGAUGCAGCCACUGGGAUCCCAAUUACAACAUGGAGAUUUACAAAUAUGAAACAGUGGAAUGUAAACUGGGAAAUCCGGCAGGUGGCUAUCGAGUUUGACCAGAACGUCUCCAUUGCAUUCACCUGCCUGAGUGCGGAUUGCAAAGUCGUGCAUGAGUACAUUGGAGGCUACAUUUUCCUGUCCACCCGCUCCAAGGACCAGAAUGAAACGCUCGAUGAGGACCUGUUCCACAAGUUGACCGGCGGCCAGGAGUGA